AUGUUAAUACAUACAAACCGUCUCACCGAGUUUGCGCUUCAUACAAUGAAAGACUUCCAACUUUCAGGUGCUAUUAUGCAUAAUUACUACGUGAAAGUUGUGCCAACAAGCUAUGUACGCAUGGAUGGUCGUGUGGAAAGUAGCCAUCAGUUCUCAGUAACAACUCAUCAAAAGGAUAUAUCGAAAGGUGUGAGUGGGAUUCCGGGUUUUGUCGUGCAGUAUGAAUUCAGUCCACUUAUGGUGCGGUACGAAGAAAGGCGGCAACAUUUGAUUACGUUUCUGGUCUCGCUAUGUGCUAUUAUUGGAGGCGUAUUCACUGUCGCUCAGAUGCUCGACUCUAUGAUUUAUCACUCAUCUCGAGUCAUUGAAAGGAAACUUAUCCUGAAUAAGCUUGGUUAA